CGCGAGCCCGUUAGAUGGCAGCUCUCCGUAUUCUCCAACGACUGGAGAGUGAGAGCACCGCGCGCAGAAAACGGACUACAGUAUUCCUGAGGAGUUUGGAGUUCAGAAAUGAGUAUACAGGACUAAACAGCACGGAAUUGAGAAGUAAUACACAAGGUGGUACUUUGAAAGCUAUUAUUCCAUUUGAAAACAGCCGGACAUAGGCUAUAGGCCAAGACCCCACGGGCAGCGUCGUAAGAGGUGACGCAGCCAUGCAGCACUACGGAGUGAAUGGAUAUUCUCUCCACGCCAUGAACUCACUAAAUGCCAUGUACAAUCUUCACCAGCAGGCGGCGCAGCAUGCCCAGCACGCGCCCGACUACCGGCCGUCCGUGCACGCGCUCACGCUGGCAGAGAGACUGGCUGACAUAAUCCUCGAGGCCCGGUAUGGCUCCCAGCACAGGAAGCAGCGGCGCAGUCGCACAGCCUUCACUGCCCAGCAGCUGGAAGCCCUGGAAAAGACCUUCCAGAAGACCCACUACCCUGACGUGGUGAUGCGCGAACGCCUGGCCAUGUGUACCAACUUACCAGAGGCCCGUGUGCAGGUGUGGUUCAAGAACCGCCGCGCCAAGUUCCGCAAGAAGCAGCGCAGCCUGCAGAAGGAGCAGCUCCAGAAACAGAAGGAGGACAACAGAGAGGGAGGUGACGAGGAAGAGGUCAAGACCACCGACCCUUCCACCCAGACAUCUCCAUCCUCCCUCUCGGAGACCAUGCGGCCCCAGCCUGCGGAGAUGAGUGUGGAGGUGAACGUCACCUCCCCGGAGGCCUCGGACAGCGAGUCGGCUGCAGAGGACAACGGUGAAGGAGAUGAGGAGCUGAUGUGGGAGAGGCUGCAGGAUACUCAGCAGCAUCAGGGGGAGGUGCAGCAGGGGGGUGCAGGGCUGCAGCCGGGAGGAGGAUCUCCAUCCUGCAAACGCUUCAGCCCCACACCAGACUCUCCCCUGGGCUCUCCCUCCCUCCCCUCCUCUAGCGGUGGCGUGGGCAGCAGUUGUGUGUCCCAAGGCUCCUAUGCCUCGUCCCCCCUCAGCCUCUUCCGUCUGCAGGAGCAGUUCCGCCAGCACAUGGCUGCAACCAACAACAUGGUCCACUACCCCUCCUUCGACAUGGGUACCCCCUCCUCACUGCCCUACCUGGGCAUGAACGUCAACAUGCCCUCCCCCCUGGGCUCUCUGCCCUGCCAAUCCUACUACCAGUCCCUGUCCCAGGCGUCCAUGUCCCAAGUGUCCAUGUCCCAGGCCCAGCAGGUGUGGAACAGCCCCUUGACGGGUCUGCAGGCCCCUCCGAGCAGCCUACCCAGCCUCAACAGCAAGACCACCAGCAUCGAGAACCUGCGUCUGAGGGCCAAGCAGCACGCUGCCUCCCUGGGCCUGGACAUGCUACCCAACUGACCCCCAGACUGACCUCCCCCCCAGGGCAGGGCAGCUACCUGGGACACAGUCAGAUGUUAUGACCCUUUCUACUGACUGGACAUUAUAGACACUGCAUCAGUUUUGUACACUGGGACUGCAUAUUAGAUAAGAACCCUACCGGACUAUACUUAUUUGACACGCUUGCAGGAGAGAUACAUAGACCCAGUGCAAUCUCACUACUAUACUGAACAAAAAAUAUAAAUGGAACAUGUAAAGUGUUGGCACAUGUUUCAUGAGUUGAAAUCAAAUAUCCCAGAAAUGUUCCAUACGCACAAAAGCUAAUUUCUCUCAAAUGUUGUGCUCAAAUUUGUUUGCAUCCCUGUUAAUGAGCAUUUCUCCUUUGCCAAGAUAAUCCAUCCACCUGAUAGGUGUGGCAUAUCAAGAAGCUGAUUAAACAGCAUGAUUAUUACACAGGUUCAUCUUGUGCGCUGGACAAUAAAGGUCACUCUAAAAUGUGCAGUUUUGUCACACAACACAAUGCCACAGAUGUCUCAAGUUGAGGGAGUGUGCAAUUGGCAUGCUGACUGCAAGAAUGUCCACUAGAGCUGUUGUCAGAGAAUUGAAUGUUAAUUUCUCUACCAUUAGCCGCCUCCAACGUUGUUUUAGAGAAUUUGGCAGUAUGUCCAACCGGCCUCACAACCGCAAACUACAUGUAACCACGCCAACCCAGGACCUCCACAUCCAGCUUCUUCACCUGCGGGAUCGUCUGAGACCAGUCACCCGGACAGCUGAUGAAACUGAGGAGUAUUUCUGUCUGUAAUUAAAGCUCUUUUGUGGUGAAAAAGUCAUUCUGAUUGGUUAGGCCUGGCUCCCCAGUGGGUGGGCCUGACUCCCAAGUGGUUGGGCCAUUGCCCUCCCAGGCCCAUCCAUGGCUGCACCCAUGCUCAGUCAUGGGAAUUCCAUAGAUUAGGGCCCAAUGAAUUGAUUUCAAUUGACUGAUUUCCUUAUAUGAACUGUAACUCAGUAAAAUUGUUGAAAUUGAUGCAUGUUCGGUUUAUAUUUUUGUUCAGUAUACUUCCUACCAAACCAGUUGGAUCAGAGACUUCAAAUGCUACACUCCUAAAUCACAAAGCCGUCAUCUCAUAUGGGGCAAAUGCAUUAUGACCGUCUACAGUAUAUCUGAUGAUCUCAACACUAGAGGUGGUGAGGGUGACCAUAAUAUUAAAGAUGAGCUUUGCAUGCACCCUGAGACAGGGAUUACAACGGCACAAAUAUAGAAAUGGUACAAAGAUUAAAUCAAGAUUCCAGCCUCAGGUGAAAACUCCCAUUCAAACAUUUACAACAGGACAGACUGGCCAGUUCAAUAGCCUACAAAUCCCACAAUGCCCUGCACCUGGCAGAUGGACGGUACUUCCUGUUUUAGAGCUACAUCCAGAGAGGAAGAGGCGAAGCAAGAUGAUUCACUCCACCCAAAAUCUGUCCACGAAAACAAAACUAGUGAGUAAUUUUUGUAUGGAGGUCAAUGAGGGUUGAAUUUGGUCAACAAAAAAUGUAAUUGCUAAUUUGCUACGGGAGGCUUAUUUGAUUGAAUAGAAGUUUCAGUGGAUAGGUUGUUAUGAAUGCACUGAUAUAAGUGGAUGCACGUGGCAUUUCGGGGGAAAAAAGACAUAGUAAAUUACUUUAUAUAGGAGUUGUGCCUGUUGUUCACAUGCGUAUCUGCCUUUUCAUUCACUAAAAUGGUCUAACCUGAUCUUGCCUCCUCCCGUCUGCCUUCCAUCUUCGAGGAUAUGUAUUUCCAUUGUUAGAGCAGUCACUAGACUAUCUAGUCAAUAUAAUAGAUCUUUGCUACAUCCCACCUGCAAGAAUUUAUUCCACAUUGUACUGUAAAUACCCCUCCAUGUUUGUUUCCAUCCCAUCUGCUUGGUUAGGGAGUAUAAGUCGGUGUCUCCUUUGUGUCGGAGGACUUAGAAGAAACAUUCAACCUAUUUUUGAAUUGUUCCAUUGUGGCUUAAUGCAAAGGACCCCCAGUAGAAUGAGCCAAUACCUGCUCGAUACAGAUUAGUCUAUGGAAUCCUACAGGGGGAACAGAGCGACGUUCAAAUAUGAAACUGUUCAACCUAUGUUAUUUUCGCCUGGGUGCCAGGCUGUUUCUGCUUUCAAGAGCGUUGGUAUAUCCUUAAAAAGACAGCAAGAAAAAAAAACUUGGUGUUGUUGACUAAAGCAGAAACGGACUGGCAUCCAGGCCAUAGCUACAGUAUAUGUAUUUUAUCAUUGUAGAUCCCAGACGUGUACUUCUCAAUUGUUUACUUAAAUGUGAGUCAUUUAUCUGUUAAAAUGCAAGGGAAUAAACCACAUGUAUGAAGA